AUCAGCAAAAAGACGAUACAAAAAAGAAACCUUCCAUGGAUGAACAUACAAGAAAGGAAAGAAGAAUUAUGGUGAAAGGAGAGAUCAUUUUCAAUGGCAUUCAUGAAUUACACUAUUUCUAGGGUUUGUAUUCAUCCCAAAUAUUCGCUUCUCGUUCCUCACAAAACUAAAAACUUCAACUUCAUUUCUUCAACUACAACCGUAGCUGCUCUGUCGGAAAAAGGAACAGACGGAAGCAUCGGGGAGAACGAUUCUCGUAACGCUUCAGCAGCAGCUUCACCUUCUGCUCGCACACGGCUUGAUCUCUUAGAACAACUCACAAGCACAUCUCCUAGUGGUUACGAAAGUGACGGAAACUAUGCAGAACUUACAAUCCGUGAAAAACUAGCACAAUUAGUAGGUGAACGUGAUGACGAUUUCAGCAUUCGGUUGGGCAAAAAAUUAAAGAUACCAAAGCUUUUAACCGUCUCACAGAAGAGAAAUAUAAAAAGGCAGGCUUACCUAAAUGAAGUAUCGCGACGAAACGACACGAAUUUCUUUGCCAUCAUCGGAGCAUUUGUGCUUUUACCUCCUCUAAUCAUAUUAGGCGUUGCAAUAGCCACAGGUUACGUGCAGCUUUUUCCUUGAUGCAAUAUAUACUCGAAACCGUGUAUAGGUAGUUUGGAGUCGUGGUUCUGACCACCUUUUACGUGCACUCGUAUGGCGAUAUACGAAGCAAUAAUGCUCUAGUAACUUGUACCUUGUGUAUUAUUAAAAGUUGUUAGAACUUGGCUAUGAUGCAUGUUUGUAGAGGAUUGUUGGCUCCAUCAUGUGAUUGUGAUACAAUGGUGAUGCAUUUGGUGUUGCUACUUUGUACAAGUUGAUUCAAAGC